UAUACUGUUCGAUCAGACACGCGACUUAAAGACUCACUCGCGAGCUGGUGCUUCGUAAAGAAAUGAACGUUAUUUUCUUGUUUUUUUUUAUCACUGCAUUAUAAUGUCAAUAUAUAGUAUAUCUAUAUAUUCCCUAUUAUAGUAAUAAAAUAGUAUUUUAUAAAAUCACCGCCAGAGCUCUCCGAUGACUCAAAACGUAUAUAUAUAAUUACAUAACAAUUUAAUUUAGUCACGUGUGUUAUAUAUAGUCUGAGAGAGGAGACAAUUUUUGUUCGUCAGUGUGUAGAUGUACUUGGAGCAAUAAAGAAGGUCUUUCUCUCUUUCGCGUUUCUAAAAAAGAAGAGUUUCCUUGUUAUAAAAAAAUUUCAUCAUUCACACGAAGAGAAUGUUGAGUAAUUCUUUUUAUCAUCAACACGUGGUUGACUCAUCGUGCUUUUUUCGGAUGCUUGAUCAUCAUCAUCAUUAUAGACGAUUUCUGAAAUUUCGUAAAAAUCCCGCGGCGAUCAAUUCUAAAGUUGUGUUAAGUGUUGAAUUGGGCGCGAGUGCCUUCUCUGUUUCACGAGUUCAAUGUGUCUAGGGAGUACGCCAUCUAGAAAAUUUGCAACUUCAGGUUCUACAUUAUAGUGUGUGCGGGUUUCUCGACAAGGCAGGCAGGCAGCGUGAAACGAGCGGCACAUACAGCAUCGACGACGCAGGUUUCAAGUUUCAGAGCAAGAGAGAGAGAGAGAGAGAGAGAAAGAGACUGACGACUACUAUGAGUUGUUCCAGUGGCUUUUAGUGUGUGAACAUCAUUUGUAUUGACGCGUCGCGAAUUUAGUUUUGUUUCCUUUAAUUUUCUUUCUUUCUUUGGUUUAAUUGGUGCAGUGUCUUUAUGAAAAGAAACUUUGAAUUCAAUAUAUUUUCUGUGAUUAUUGAGACUGCGAAACUAUAUAUUUCAGUGACAAAAAAGUGAUUGUGAAAAGAAAAAAUUUUUUAAAGAAAAGAAAAAUGAACGUCGUCGAGCCCGAAAACGUAUUUGGUCUGAGACCUCCCGUCCUCAUGGUGAUUCUUGGAUCCCUUGUGCUUGGCGGACUCUUUUUCGCAAUUGGCCACAUCGUCAUUAAACUGGGUCGUCGAAACAAGAAAGAAGAUGCCACCAAAAACAGUGCCAAUAAAGAUAUUCAAAAAUCAACCGAAGAACAAGAUUCGACAAUUUCUGAGUCUGGCCCAGGUACAAAUAAUACAAUGACAAAUAGUAAACGUGCCAGAAAGAAGAGACGUGAAGCUCAACAGGAAUUUAAUCACUCUUGGAUGGUGGGAGCAUUAAAGGGUCACACAGCCCCCGUUCGGGAUAUCAAUUUUUCCAGCAAUGGAAAAUUUCUUGCAAGCUGUGCUGAAGAUUGCGGACUUGCACCCGAAGAGAAGCUGGACCUGGUGAAGAGCAGCAAUAGCAAGGCUUCCGAAUCCUCUUCUUCCUCCUCCUCCUCAUCAUCAUCAUCAUUAUCAUCGUCAUCGUCGUCGUCAUCAGCAAAGGAGCGUGAAGAUCGAGCUCCCUUGAGUCGUCGUCAACGGAAAAAUUUGACACGAGCAUCACGGGAACAACGUCGAGAACAUCAGGAACGUGAUGGUGAUCAUAAUGUGAGUCCAAGUGAUUCGCCAAUAUUGCCGCGCAAUCGUCAUCAUUGGCUACAACGGCAGGACCGUCAUUAUCAAGACGCCCCCAAGAAACCCAACCCUAAAGUCAUUAAGAAAAAGGACUCCCACCACCACCACCACCACCAGAAGGAUAAUAAGAAAACGAAAACCAAAGAUACCACCGAAAACAUUAGUAGUAAACCUGCAUCAGUCCUCACUGAAAAUCCAUCGAAGCAAGUCAAAAUCUAUACAAGUAUGGUGCGUGAACGUUUGAGACAUUUGCCAAAUUUUGACAUUGAGUAUUUGCUUCAGCAUUAUGUACUCAAUGAAGGACAAAUGCUACACGGCAGCUAUCCAGUAAUGCAGAAUAGUGAUUGUAAUUCUGUGAUAAUAUGCUCGUUUGCGCGGCAUCAUCAUUGUACAACAUUAAAUGGUUUAAAUGCAAAUGCAAGGGAAUUUGUUCCAAAGAAAAAAUUUCAAAAUUCCUGGAAAGUAACGGAGGAAAAUGAAAUUGAUAGUGGCAAUGGCAGUGGAAGUUCCCUCGAGAAUUCUGAUCUCGAACAAGAAAGUUCAUCGGACAGUGAUAAAAGUUCGGAUAUCAGUGAAUCAUCAUCGUUGUCAUCAUUAUCGUCAAUUGAUUCAAGUGCAAAUAAUAUUGUUCCGUGCAUUUUACCAGGUCCAGUGACAUUUACUGUUUCGCAAUUAUCAUCAAAUCAUAUAUUAAGACAGUGUACGCGUUGCUCGCAGCCGUUUCGCGUUGAUUCGCAAACCGGUGAAUAUGUCGAGUUCAAUAAGUGCGUGUAUCAUUGGGGUAAACGUCGAUUUGGCCUUUGGGAGUGUUGUUCACAUCGUGGCGGUAUAUUUGAUGAUUCACAGGGUUGUGUUUUUGCUGAUACACAUGUUUGGUCGGGAAUUAUUUCUGAGGCAACGAAUGGACCAUUUGAAGGUUUUGUUACAACUCAACCAGCACCAUUUGGACCUGAGAAUGGUUAUGGGGUUUAUGCCAUUGAUUGUGAGAUGUGUUACACAAAAAAUGGAUUGGAAUUAACAAAAGUUUCGGUUGUUUCGUUAAACGGUAGUUUACUUUAUGAUCAAUAUGUCAAACCGUCUGAUGAUAUUAUUGAUUAUAAUACAAGAUUUAGUGGUAUUACGGCAAAACAUCUUCAAAAUGUUAGCAAGACAUUGAAGGAUGUACAACGUGAUCUUUUGCAUUUUAUUUAUGCCGAAUCAACACUCAUUGGACAUGGUUUGGAGAAUGAUUUGCGUGUAUUGCGAAUUGUUCAUAAGAAAGCUGUUGAUACGAGUAUCGCAUUUCUUCAUGAUGCGAGUUUUCUUUCGCGUAAGAGUCUCAAGUUUUUAGCGCAUCACUUCUUGAAUAAAUCGAUACAGGCCAGCACUCAUGACUCGGCUGAAGAUGCAAGGAUAGCAAUGGAUCUUAUGUUACGUAGAGUGCAGUACGACUACUAUGGUGUCUAAAUCAUUCUCUGGGGUCGUUUUCAAUGUAAAGGAAGCUGCAAAGAAGAAGUGAGUGGCCACAACGCAAUUAAUUCCUGCCGUAUAUUUCAAGAGUGGACAAAUUAGCUGCGCUUCAGAAUGAAACUUGGGAAAUGACUGAAAAUAUAUAUAUAAAAAAUAUAUAUAUAUAUAUUCUUGGGAAUGUAUCGAAAUCAACGCCAAGUCUCCACUUCCGCCGAUUAAAAUAAAAACUAUUCAGUUCCAAGUGAAAUCUGUGAUAAGUUUACAUAUGCACUUAUACACUCGCACUAGUAUAUGGUGUCUUAUGUAUUACUCACCUGCAAAAAGGAGUCGAUGUCACAUAUUUUAUUCUUUCUUUUUUUUUUUUUUCUUUUUGGUGCACUUGACUUGUUUCAUUGAACAUGAACAUAUAGAACAUUUUGUAGUUCAUAUUCAUUCACUUCGUUUGCUUUGGCGCUUCAUCGAUCAUUCUGUAUUUUUUUCUCAUUUGUAUAUA